AUGGCAGACAUUUGGGGCCGGAUGGGAAGAACCAUGGAGGUCAGUGAGGAUGGAAGAGUUCUCACCAAGAAGGCUGGUGGCAACUAUGCACGACAUGUUGCUGCCCAAGAGGUGCUUUCCUCUGGUGUUCACACUUGGGAGGUGGAACUGACUUCUGGGGCCACCUCAAACAACAACCGCGACGUCUUCAUCGGGGUUGCCACGCCGGGAUGUGAUGUCGAGAAGGGCGACCACCAUGCCAAGGGCAAGGCAUGGUACCUCCGCACCCAUGACGGACACAUCUAUGGCGGUGAUCUGGAGGUCGAAGACGCCGCGAUGAAGGGCAAGCAUUUUCUCGCAGGGGAUCGAGUGGGAGUGCGGCUCGACUGUAAUGAUGGUUCCCUCCGUUUCUACAAGAACGGUGAGCCGUUGGGAGAACAAUUUCCAGCCGGCACCAUCCCCACGCCUGUGGUGCGCGCGGUGGAGCUGAAAUGCCCUGGCCAGUGCGUGACGCUCCUGCCGGAAGUGCAACUGGUAUAG